UGCCCGGUCUCUUCCAUUCGGUCGGUGCUACAUGGCCGGAUAGUUGUUCAUCUUCCCCGUCGUCUGGUCCUCUUCUCGCGUUAGUUGGCGCCUCGUCAACGCCAAGGCUGGGAUUACACAAUUCUUCGUCGCCACCGUCGCCGGAUUCCUGUGCCGGAAUUUUGAGUCGAUCCAUCCUCAAUUCAGCAUCUAGCUCGCGGGUGUGCAGUCGCGCCGUCAGCAUUGCCUGCCAUGGGCGGCGUCUGCUCGGCGGGGAUCACCGGUGACAGGUCGCCGGUGGAGCUCUCCUUCAGGGCCUUCUCUGGGUUCGUGGUGGACCAGGAGUUCAAGGCCUUCUCAGUGCCGGCCGGCAAAGCGCAUGGCAAGAACAAGACCACGCCGAUCGAGGAGGCUGACGGGUUGAGCUUCUCCGAGAAGGGCUCGCCCCCGUCUACCAGCGGCCAGGCUCGCCGAUCGGUUUCCAACGAUUCGCACCUGACCCGAGCCCCAUCGGAGAAGCACAAGGCCGCGAAGCCCAGGCUGAGCACCUCCGGCAAGGCAAGUCUUACGCAGGUUUCAGACAGAGCGUCAGUGUUUGGUAGAGCGAGUACCUCAGCGGUGCAGGUUCUCGACACACUGAGCAGCGGCAUGUCAAGCUUGAGCACCGGAGGAGGUGGGUUCGCGUCCGGGCCGCCCACGAAGGGGAACCGUGUGUCGAUCCUCGCAUUUGAGGUCGCCAACACAAUAGUGAAGGGCAUGACCCUCAUGCAGUCCAUGUCCAAAGAGAACCUCAAGUAUCUGAAGGAGACGGUGCUCCGAUCACAAGCUGUACAGCGUCUAGUCUCGAGCGACGUGGAUGAGCUGAUGAGGAUCGCCGCAGCAGACAAGAGGCAAGAGCUGAGAGUGUUCUCGCGAGAGGUGAUCAGAUUUGGUAACCGUUGCAAGGAUCCCCAGUGGCACAAUCUUGAUCGCUACUUUUCCAAGCUAGAAUCCGAAAUUAUACCCCAGCCAAACUUAAAAGAAACAGCAAAAGCAGAGAUGCAGCAGCUGAUGACCCUUGUUCGGCACACGGCUGAUCUCUACCAUGAAUUACAUGCAUUGGAUAGGUUUGAGCAAGACUAUCGCCGUAAACUGGAGGAGGAGAAACAGUCAGUUGUAUUUGAAAGAGGGGACACUGUUCAGAUUAUAAGACAAGAAUUGAAGAGCCAAAGGAAGCAUGUACAGAACUUGAAGAAAAAAUCUCUUUGGAAUAAGAUACUUGACGAUGUCAUGGAGAAGCUUGUAGAAAUUGUUCAUUGCUUACAUGUUGAGAUUCAAGAUGCUUUUGGGCCUUGUGAUGGAGGUGUACAAUUGGAUGAAUCUUCCGAGAGCCAUCAGACAUUAGGAUCAGUUGGCCUAUCGUUGCACUAUGCAAAUAUCAUUUUGCAGAUUGAUAACAUCGUUUCCCGGAGCUCUGUUCCCCCGCAAAGUACACGAGACACACUGUACCAAGGGCUGCCUCCAAAUGUCAAGUCUGCUCUUCGAACGCGAUUGCAAACAUGCCCAGAGCCUCAAGAGGUUCCAAUCACCCAGACCAGAUCCUCCUUGGAGAAAACAUUGCAAUGGAUCGUCCCUGCCGCCAGUAACACGGCAAGAGCACACCAUGGAUUCGGAUGGGUCGGCGAAUGGGCAAACACAGGGAAUGAUCUGAUGCGGAGGACACCCGGCCACCCCGAGGUGCUCAAGAUCGAGACGCUUCACCACGCGGACAAGGCCAAGGCGGAGGCGUGCAUCCUGGAGUUGGUGGUGUGGCUCCACCGCCUCAUCAGCUACAACAAUGGCAGCAGCCUGGCCGGCCCAGGAGGCAGAUCCCCCGCCCGCUCUCCGCCGGCCUCCACGGCGCCCAGGCCGCCGCCCAGCAAGCCGGCACUGCUCACGAGGGAGGACCGGGAGAUGCUGCAGGAGGUGUACAUGCGGCGGCAGCGGGGGGCUCCCGGAAAGAGCAAGAGCCAGGAACUCACGUCGACGACGGCCGCCGCCCGCAGGUCGUCGGCGGCGGCGGCGCUGAACAAGGACGACAGGCUGAGCAAGAGCAGCAACCACUCUCUGUUCCUCCUGGCGAGGCGGCCACACGCCGUGGCGCCCGUCGCCGUCGGCUUCGACAUCGAUGGCAUCGAGGCGCGGGGCGUCAUCGGCAGAGCGGACGUCCAGAAACAAUCGUGAAACGGAACAUCUUUUCAUCCUCGCCGUUGUAUAUAGGCCAAAGCACGAGAAACCAUGAGCUCGUACAUAGCAUUAGCAAAGUGUGAGAAGUGAAAUUCUAAUAUUUUGGGGGUUUCGAUACUUGGGUUCGGUUUUUCUGCUUUUGCACCUGUACCGCUGCUUGUUCUUUUUUAACAUG